AUGAAAACACAUAGCCAAAGUCCAGAUUCUGCAUGUAAAGACACUAAGAAACACGGUCUCUUUACCUUUUUGGACAUUGUUGUUCAUCAGUAUCGAAGGCUUUACUCCAUUUCUGCAUUCGACAUAAUCCGAGGACAAGGGCACAAGAUUAACAGAUGGUGGAAUCUCAUCCUCAAUUCCAUUUGUACCAAUAAGAAACCAUUUGACUAUGGAAUCUCCUGA